ACCCUCCGAUGAAGGUUUACGGGUUUGCAUGUAAUGACUUGCCUAAUUCGUCACUACAGAAUGUAUCUUGGAGCCCUGGCCGCCUGAAGGUGACGCCCCUAACAAGCCUACAAGCCUGCAAACCCCUCCCUAAAGCCCCACGUAAAAAAAGCCCUCUAGAGUUCACGGCCCCACUAAAAACUUUCCCAUCGAGUCCCAGUCGCAGCUUUAACUCUCUUCAACUUUUUUUUUUUCUUCUAGUCCAACUAUUUUCUGCGAUAAUCCUUCCUCCUCCAUAUUUCUACUCCAUAUCUAUCGCAAUUUGCCGUCAGAUUCUUCACCUCCACGUCCCGAUUCUUCCUUUUUACGCUGCCCUUAUAAACGUACAACCCGUAUAAGCUACAAGCCUCGGAAAUUUCCCCACGAUCGAAAUCUUCUGCAGCAUCCAAGAUGGUGGAGAAGAUCUACGUCACUUACAACGAUGUUCACAAACUCUGCCAAGAGGCAGCACCCGAGAUCUUGAGCUCAUUCCAACCUCAGCUCAUAAUCGCUAUUGGCGGUGGUGGCUAUGUACCCGCGCGGAUCCUACGUUCCUUUCUCAAACAGCCCGGCAGCCCCAACAUCCCUAUCCAAGCCAUUGGCCUCUCCUUAUACGAACAGCUACCCGUGGUGGAUCUGCCAAACGGUACCGGCGCUCCAGACAAGAUCGGCACCAAAGUUACUCGCACCCAGUGGUUGGAUCUGAGCAGCCUCGGCGAGAUCCAAAACUUGGUUGGGAAGCGCAUCCUGAUCGUGGACGAGGUCGAUGACACCCGAACGACGUUGGAAUAUGCCGUUAAGGAAUUAGAAAAGGACGUUGAAAUCGCGCGACAGAAGCUCGGCCCUACCGCCGAGAAGACGCAAUUCAGUAUCUUCGUCCUACAUAACAAAGAUAAGCAGAAGAAGGGCACCUUGCCCGCGGACAUGAUGGCGGAAUCACGAUAUCUAGCAGCCCGAACCGUUGGGGAUGAAUGGAUAUGUUAUCCAUGGGAAGCAACAGAUAUCGAUGCGCACGACGAGUUAGCGCGACAAGCCAAAAAUGGGAACGGCACUGCCUAAGAGCGACGAGUAGGCAGAGGUGCAUGGAUAACGUCUUUCCCUUUCGGGUAGGUAAGGUAGACGCGGCGUGUUGAUAGACACCAAAGGCAACUCGGUACACAUCGGGGAUAUAAUGACCCAUACCAGAAUACCACAAAGAGAGAAAAAAACGGAG